CUGAGCAGUGAAGAGACAAGAGGUAGUGUAGAGUGUAAUGGACUUUACAGCAACAGUGAUAUUGGCAGGGCUAAUCUUAGCUCUACUGUUGGCGAUUAGAGUAAAAAACAGUAGGAAGUAUCAUUUGCCUCCAGGACCCACUGCACUUCCUCUCAUAGGAAACCUGCCACAACUGGACAAAAAUGCACCUUUCAAAAGCUUUCUCAAAUUCAGUGAAACCUAUGGUCCUGUGAUCACACUGCACCUGGGAUGGCAACGGACGGUUGUUCUGGUGGGAUAUGAUGCAGUGAAGGAGGCUCUGGUGGACCAGGCAGAUGACUUCACAGGCAGAGGGCCACUGCCAUUUCUACUCAAAGCUACCAAGGGCUAUGGUUUGGGGAUCAGUAACGGGGAGCGCUGGCGCCAGCUGCGACGUUUCACGCUGACAACUCUAAGAGACUUUGGGAUGGGACGCAAGGGGAUGGAGCAGUGGAUCCAGGAAGAGAGCAAACACAUGAGGGAUUGCAUGGAUACAUUCAAAGACACACCAUUUGACCCAAUGUUCUUGUUUGGCCGCACUGUGUCCAAUGUGAUUUGCUGCCUGGUGUUUGGCCAACGCUUCAGUUAUGAAGACAAGCAGUUCCUGCGCCUCCUCAGUAUCAUUUCUGAGAUUAUAAGGUUCGGCAGUAGCCCCACAGGUCAGAUGUACAACAUCUUUCCCUGGCUAAUGGAGCGCCUGCCUGGGCCACAGCACAAAGUUUUUGCUCAGUUUGAAGAGGUGAGAGGGUUUAUCAAGAUGAAGAUCCAAGAGCAUUUGGAGACACUGGACCCCAGCUCCCCGAGAGACUUCAUCGACUGCUUCCUCAUCCGAAUGAAUCAGGAGAAGCACAUGUCCACAACCGAGUUCCACUACGACAAUUUUGUGUCUACUGUGAUGAAUCUGUUCCUGGCAGGAACAGAAACCACCAGCUCCACCAUCAGAUAUGCCCUGAGUGUGCUCAUCAAAUACCCAAACAUACAGGAGAAAAUGCAUCAGGAGAUUGACAGUGUGAUUGGAAGAGAACGUUGCCCCAACAUGGAGGACAGGAAGUCCCUCCCUUUCACGGAUGCUGUCAUCCAUGAGGUGCAGCGUUUUCUGGACAUUGUCCCCUUCAGCCUCCCUCACUACGCACUCCAGGACAUCUCUUUCAGAGGUUACACAAUUCCCAAGGACACUGUGAUUAUUCCACUGUUGCACUCUGUGCUGAAAGAUGAAAAGCAGUGGGCAACUCCCUGGUCCUUUAACCCCGAGCACUUCCUGGACCAGAAUGGAAACUUUAAGAAAAAUCCUGCAUUCAUGCCAUUUUCUGCAGGGAAGAGAGCCUGCGUUGGCGAGUCUCUGGCUCGUAUGGAGCUUUUCAUCUUCCUUGUGUCACUGCUGCAGCAUUUCACCUUCUCCUGCUCUGAAGGCCCCGACAGUAUAAAACUCGUUCCAGAGUACAGCAGCUUUGCCAAUGUGCCUCACAGGUAUCAGCUCAUCGCCACGCCGCGGUGAAAAGAGGAACUGCACUCGGACAGUCCAUCAUUGCUUAAAGCUCCCUGGUCUACUCUCAAGAAUCUCAAUACAACAUGUGCUGGUUUAUUGUGAUACAGUAGUGAUUGUUGUGCAUUUAAGAUGUGAUCUUUGCUCUUUGUUAUAGCACUGUAGCAGACAGCCCAUCUGACUAAGAGUUUAAGAAACAGUUUCUCCCCAAGAGGAGUUUUUAAGGUUGUCUUUUCAUAUGCAUGUCUCUUUAUGUAUAUAUAUUAAUCAGCUUUUGGUGCCUGUUUCAAUUGUUAAUAAAAAUCCACAUAUGACUUUUAUAAAAGUGUAUUGUC